UUUCCGCCGCUUCUUGCAGCGAGAAAGAAGAGAAUGCUUGUACUCCUCCUAAUACUGUACAUGGGGAAAGGCACGGCGAUGAAUUGAAGGCGAGCGGACUCCAGCAGGGCGUCCUUUAGAUCCUUUUCCUUCAUUGCAUCUCGUCUCGUCUCGUCUCCUCCCUUCUCGGUUGAUCUCUGGAUCAGGUCAAGGUGGCAUUUUUCAGUCCACUGGGGGCAAGAGCUGCGAUUUUUGGUGUUCUCGCGGAGGAGGUGAUCGGAGGUGGAUUUGGUAGUACUACCAUGAAGGUUUUGGAGUUGAGCUGUGCAACCUCUCACUCACACUAGGCUUUAUUCACCAUCCAGAUUUUGGUCUUCAGGGCGAAAAGGAAGUGAAGAGGAGAUGAAUGAGAAGGAUACCACUGAUUUUGAGAAGAGUGAGGCUAGUGAACACACCCAAACUCUGAGCUUCCAUGGUGCCAUGUUCUUGCCGGAGGCUCAGAUUGCUUCUUCUGCAAAUGCAUUGACUACCAUGGCCAAUCCAUUCCCUAUCCAUCCUGGCUUAUGGAAUCCACCUGCACAGAGUUUGGGUUUAGGUGAAACCAGCUUUUCGUCGUUGCUCGGAAUGCUAUCGGCAGGCGUGCCCCCGUCUGCUGCCACCUCUGGGUUCUUAGAUUCUGCAACAGGGUUUUCUAGCUACAAUGGAGGCAAUCUUGGAGCCAUGAUCAAUCACUCCUUCCCUAGUAUCCAGCAUUUGGGUGAUCUCGGAAAUGGCGUCGAGAUUGAGGCGAUUGCGAGUGAAGGAUGCAAGAAUGUAUCACAAACUAGUGAGAAGCAGCAAGGAGAUGCUGAGAUGACACAUGAUGUUGAUUCCCCCUCCAAGGAGCUAAGCAAGCCAGAGUGCACUGGUGGCACUGUCCAUGAUGAGGGGACUAGGGUAUCUUGUUCCAAGAAGAGAAAAAGAUCAGGACAGGAUCAUGGGGUGAAGCAUGUAGAAGGUGGUGAAGAGCCACAGAAGAAUGAGAAUGAUGAAAAAGAUGAACCAAAGAGAUCUUCUGUGGCGUCGGGGAAAUCCAGUGGGAAACAAGCAAAGGAUAAUGCAGGUUCACCAAAGGAAGAAUACAUACAUGUAAGAGCUCGACGUGGUCAGGCUACUAACAGCCAUAGUCUUGCAGAAAGGGUUCGGAGGGAAAAGAUCAGUGAAAGGAUGAAAUAUCUUCAGGAUCUUGUUCCUGGUUGUAGUAAAGUAACUGGUAAGGCUGUUAUGCUGGAUGAGAUAAUUAAUUAUGUUCAAUCCUUACAGAGGCAGGUUGAGUUUUUGUCAAUGAAGCUGGCAAGUGUCAAUCCAACACUGGACUUCAACAUAGAUCGCAUUCUAUCUAAGGAUAUUUUUCAGUCUCAAGGCGCCAUCGCAUCAUCGGUGUUUGGCUUCUUACCGGGCAUUGUUUAUCCCCAAUUACACCAACCAAAAUAUAUGCAAGUCAAGAUGCCCAGCAUUGUGAACUCCACUGAUGCAUUCAGAAGAGUAACCCAUGCUCCAUUAGGAACUAACAGUGCAUUGAAAGAAACCAAACACCAGAUGCCCAAUAAUUUGAAUGGAGAGUUCCAGGACGUCAUCGAGAUACCUUUUACUCAUGAUCACCAUGGAUUAAGUGAUCGACCCUGAGAUAGAUUCCAUGACUAAAGCAAGAGAUCAAUAUGUGCCAUGGGCUAUCAACAGAACUGUGAUAUAUGAGCAUGUUGAAAUCAUGGUACUAGCUCACAGUUGAUCACUGAAGUAUAAGCAUCCAAAAUUCUUUGUUAGUGCUGCUUUUGCAUAUUCAUAGCAGCAAGUGACCAACUUUGAAGCCUCUCUUCAGAAGUCUGUUAUAGAAAAUUUGGAAGGUAAGACAAUGUAGGAUGCUCACAUGGAGAUCUCAAGCAAUAUGUUCUCCACUGAAGUAAUCUACAGUCUUCAAUAAUUGUCAAUCCCAGGAUGAUUACCACACACUAGCUAGUAUUGCGAGCGAGGCUACAGGAGCAUCCUUUGAUGUACUUGCUUAGUUAGUUAGUACUGUGUUCCAUCAGAAGAAACAUGGUCAGAUGUAGUCAGUGAUUUUAGAUUUGUUGAGAAAAGAUAAAAUGAGCCUGGUUUGAUGUCGCGAUCAUUUAUUUGUUUUCAAUCUGGCAAAUCUGUGAAUUCUGAUGGAGAUGGUUGCUGUCAGACUGGUCUCAUUCUUUUUAGUGACCUUGUUAAGAAAACAUGCACAAAAUGGCAUGUUUUGGAAGGCUUGAGCUUCACAUCAAUUUUGCAUGAAGCGAUGUAAUAAAUCAUCUGAUAUGAAUCCGAUGGUCAUGGCAAGAGCAGUCAAGAAACUCUCGAGCCUAGUUUCACUGAAUUUUCUCUGCAUCUAUCUGCAAAUAGUAACUAUUUAUUUUUUCUUUUCCAAGGAUCAAACCACACCAAUCCACAAAAGACACUUUGUGAAACAAAUUA